CUUUCGUUUUAUUCCACUUCCUAUACGUGAAACGAAACUUUUAAACGGUAUCGACAGGUUUUCAAAUUUAAACACUUCAGUAGCCUAGAUUAUCGUCUGAGUUCGUGUUUUUGGGGUUAUCCACAAAAUGAGUGAGAACAACCUUGAAGAAAAGCAGCGGGAGCGAUGCAAAGAGGCCAAGUUUCUGAAAAAGAACGAAGCAGCGCUUAUUCAAAGGGUUACUUCAGUGAUGGCAAUAGCAGAUGAGUUAAAAAGUAAGGACAUGUUACAUGGAGAAAAAUAUGAUGAGAUCAGUGCAAAAGAAACUGACCAGGGAAAAAUGAGAAAGCUGUUUGAAUCAGUUAAAGCUGGCAACACGGUCAAAAUUGCCUUUUAUGAAUUGCUGGAAAAGCACGAACUACCCCUCUUCAAACAACUGGGUGGUGUCUGCAGGAAACACAAGCUUGCUGAUCCUGAAUCCCCAGUACCAUGUAAAAGACUUAAUACUGGGAGUAAUGAACAAGACAACCUUAAUUUCAACAAUGCUAGUACCUCAGCACAAAGACCAGCACCAGUAUACAACAUUGAGAACAACAUAGUUAAUGGAAGUCCACCUGCUUAUAUCAUGGAAAAUAACCCUAAGUCCAUUGUACCCAAAACUGUGUUGAAGAAUUCUCUUGUGGAAAAGAAAGAGAAGAAGCCUCCUGCAGCCAAGAAAGAGAAGAAGGCCCCUGCAACCAAGAAAGAGAAGAAGGCCCCUGCACCCAAGAAAGAGAAGAAGCCUCCUGCAACCAAGAAAGAGAAGAAGGCCCCUGCACCCAAGAAAGAGAAGAAGCCUCCUGGAGCCAAGAAAGAGAAGAAGGCCCCUGCACCCAAGAAAGAGAAGAAGCCUCCUGCAACCAAGAAAGAGAAGAAGGCCCCUGCACCCAAGAAAGAGAAGAAGCCUCCUGCAACCAAGAAAGAGAAGAAGGCCCCUGCACCCAAGAAAGAGAAGAAGCCUCCUGGAGCCAAGAAAGAGAAGAAGCCUCCUGCAGCCAAGAAAGAGAAGAAGCCUCCUGCAGCCAAGAAAGAGAAGAAGGCCCCUGCACCCAAGAAAGAGAAGAAGCCUCCUGGAGCCAAGAAAGAGAAGAAGCCUCCUGCAGCCAAGAAAGAGAAGAAGCCUCCUGCACCCAAGAAAGAGAAGAAGGGCCCUGCAACCAAGAAAGUGAAAAAGGCCCUUGCACCCAAGAAAGAGAAGAAGGCCCCUGCAACCAAGAAAGUGAAGAAGGCCUCUGCACCCAAGAAAGUGAAGCAGCCAGCUGGCCGAAAAUGAGGGUAUACAAAAAUGCAGAGAAAAACGUUUUCUGAUUCAUUAAAACAUUUUACAAAAACUUCAGCAUAUGUUUUAAAAGCUCAGAUACUACAUAAAUACGAAUGCAAAGAAUUCAGUGUUGCUAUGCUUGAAAUGAUCAUGCUGAUCUUACUGAACUUUAACUUUAUUUUUACUGAAUGUCUUCUGUCCAUGUUACUCUAAGUAAACUUCUUUAAGUUCAAAGUGUGUUUUCAAUGUUAUACAAGUUUUUGUUGAGUCAGAGUAAGUGACAUGGCUGAACAAAGUGAAUAAAUACAAUGCAGAAAGGUCCCUUUAUGCACUCCAUAUAGCUGAUAUGAGACAGACAAUAAUACUUCCUAAGAGUCUGCAUGGAUUGUGCGACUGCCGUUGUCAGAGCG